AUUCGACUCAAAUGAACGAACCGGACACGUCUAAAUCCCAUUGCGCUUGAGUCAGGAGAGGUGAUGGCGGUGUUCAAGCGUGAGAGCUCUCAAGCUGCAGCUAUGUUUACUAAACAUUUGAAACGCGUGAAAUCAGCACUUAAGAGGUCAUUUGAAGUGGAGGAGGAUACAUCCACAAACCCGUCCCCUCUUUCCCGUAGAACAACCAAUCCUCUGCGCUCCUCCACCUCUUCUACGAGCAGCCGUUUCCAUGACAUGAGAUCGCUCAACUCCGAGUCCACCUCGAGGCACGCUUCAGAUUCCUCCUCCAACCAGUGCUCUCCAAAGUCCAACCUGAGGCGCGUGGAGUUAUCGGGGGGCCGCGUCCCAGAGACUGUGUCGCGCAGGACAGAGAUCUCCAUCGACAUCUCCUCCAAGCAGGUGGACAGCUCACCCAGUCCUGGUAUCGCCCGCUUCGGCUUAAAGAGACCUGAGGUCUCGCUCCAGAGUAAAGCCACAGAUGGGUCUCUUCACAGAAGGGCUGAGGGUAACCACAGCAGACCCCAGGAACCUCCAACACCCCCUAGGAGAGCCGACCCACCAAUAUCCUCUUCCCGGAUCCCUGAGCUGUCCCAGAGGCGAGCAGAGCCUCCCAGCCCUCUUGAGAUCUCAGCUCCGACUAGACGGGCUGAGAUGCACAUUAACAGACAGCUGGACACACCGUCUCCUGCAAGGGAGUCAGAGAACAGCUUCACCUCCGCAGCCAGCAUCACUCCUACCUUCAAUGAAUACAAAACCCCUCCAUCAGUACAUGAAGCCCCCCCAAGGCCACUAGAGAGGUCAGAGGUCAUUUCCAGCUACAGCAGCAGUAGCAUCAUGGCAGAGUCUGUUAUGCCAGAGAUGCCCCCAGCCAUGUGCCUGGAGAAGCCCAGCAUCGACUUCAGCUAUGUGGGCAUUGAUGCCAUCCUGGAGCAGAUGAGGAGGAAGGCCAUGAAACAGGGCUUUGAGCUCAACAUCAUGGUAGUGGGUCAGAGUGGUUUAGGGAAGUCCACACUGAUGAACACGCUCUUCAAGUCUAAGGUGAGCCGCAAGUCUUUCCUGGGCACGGCUGAGGAAAAGAUUCCCAAAACCAUUGAGAUCAAGUCCAUCAGUCAUGAUAUCGAGGAGAAAGGAGUUCGAAUGAAGCUGACAGUCAUAGACACACCAGGGUUUGGUGACCAGAUCAACAAUGAGAAUUGUUGGCAGCCCAUAAUGAAGUUCAUCAAUGACCAGUAUGAGCAGUACUUGCAGGAAGAGAUCAAUAUUGACAGGAAGAAGAGGAUCCCAGACUCACGAGUGCACUGCUGCAUAUACUUCAUACCACCCACAGGACACUGUCUUAGGCCUUUGGAUGUGGAGUUCAUGAGACGUCUUAGUAAGGUGGUGAACAUCGUUCCUGUCAUCGCUAAGGCUGACACCCUGACUCUGGAGGAGAGGGACUUCUUCAAAAAGAAGAUCAGGGAAGAGCUUCGAGCCAAUGGGAUUGAUGUCUACCCACAGAAAGAGUUCGACGAGGAUGCAGAGGAUAGAACAAUCAAUGAGAAAAUAAGAGAGAUGAUUCCUUUCGCAGUCGUAGGAAGUAACCAGGAGUAUCAGGUCAAUGGGAGAAGACUAUUGGGAAGGAAAACAAAAUGGGGAACCAUUGAAGUUGAGAAUAUUGCCCACUGUGAGUUUGCUUACCUGCGGGACCUCCUCAUAAGAACCCACAUGCAGAACAUCAAAGACAUCACUAGCAGCAUCCACUACGAGAUGUACCGUGUCCGUCGGCUCAACGAGAACAACACCCAGGCCAACGGCCUCAGCGAACACCAUCCGGCCUGCCACGAAAUCUAGCUCCCCAUCCAAACGACCCCUCCACCCCCAUUCCUCACUCCUCUCCAAUCCCCAACCCUCCAUUCACCUCACGCUCUGUCCCGCCCCCUUCCAUCAGCCAUGGACUGAGGUGAAGAGGUCCAUCUAGAGAAGCACAUAAUGACUUCACCUCCCAGAAACCUCCAGCACAGUGGAGGGCUGAAGAGGUCAGAAAUACAACCGCUAAAGAGCUUCACCAUAUACUGCAUGCGUUUGACUCGGCUCUGCUGAUGCUCCAGGUCUGUGUCUGUGUGCAGAGGUUGAUUAUGAGGCAGGUACUGAUUGGUCAAGCUGUGCGAAAAGCUCUUCACAUGCAUCACUCUUCCUUUUGGUUUUUACAGGAGAUUUCUCAGAAGGCUCCUUUUUAUGUGAUUUGUUGAAUGCUCUCUUAAUAUUUAUGCUUAAUUUUGAGCGGAUAAGUCAUCUUCUGAAACCAGAGCUGAUGUGGCAGCACCAUUAUAAAACUACAGGUUAUCUGAUGUCUUUCCCUCCAAAAUAUGUAUACUUGUUGCCUACGGCAUUGUGGAGAACCUGGUGUGCAGUUGUUCCUGCUAUUUGUUUAAUCACAUCUGUGCAAAUAAUUACAGGAAAACUGACUCAUUGGAUCCCUGGUACCAUAUAAAAACAGUAAUGAUUGAAAUUACAGCUUUGGGGUUUGUGUUGGAAAGAUUAUCCAAACUGAAUAGUAUUUAUGUCAAUUAAAUGGGAUUGUUAUGUACUUUAUACAAACGAUCUUAUUUAUUGCAGAAUGUGACCUGAACUGGAAGGAGAAUCGCAGUGGGUUCAAUAGGCUUUUAAUGAAUCAUUUAAUUUUGUGUAUGAACCCGGUACACCGUUUUUAUCAGGCAGUAUUCAGUGCCGUUUAUCUUAGACCUUCCAGACCGCCUCAUUCUCUUCCAGUCAUGCCAAAUAUGUGGAAAUCUGCACCAUCUUUUGUCAGUUUAAGUGUCUUGUUUUGUCUUAGCCUCGAGGAAAGGGCCUACAGGAGAGGGAACUUAAAGCUGCCUGCCACAUCUGAUGAGGAGCCACUUUUAAGAACGAUGGAAUUCCUCAGGCUUUGUUCUUGUCUGCAAGCCCCUUUAUAAAUGCUCGUCAUUGGGAAAAUAUCUUUGUUUUGUCCUGUGCUGUAUAUUCAUAGUGAUUACAUUUUUGUAUUGGCAUUCAGAGUAACACAAAUAACUUUGAUAUCCUGUUAUUUUAAAGAAAUAAAGAUUUAAAU